AACCAGCAGCUCACCGUCAUGCUGCCCACAGUAACUCAGACGUUCCAGUCUGCUGCACCUGCCCCGGUGGUAGUUGUGCCACCACGUCUGACUGACGUCCCGGGGCAGAUGAAAUGUCCUCACUGUCAGCUACAGGUCAUCACAGAGACAACAUUCGUUAAUGGCCAGAUGGUGUGGGCCAUCUCUGCAGGGCUUGCCUGUUUAAUGAUCUGGCCGUUUUGUUUGAUCCCUUUUUGUGAGGAUUCCUGCAAGGACGUGGAGCAUCGCUGCCCAUACUGCAAAACCCUUGUCCAUGUGCACGAACGCAAGUUCUGAAACAAAGAAAAUCUGAAAGACCAAAAGAAAACUUUACCGCUAACACCUUCUGGACAGUACGGGGUUUUCUAAUUCA